GCUAGCUGCUAGGUGGCAACUGUAGCAGACAAGUUUGGAAAUUCUUCUGUUUACCCGUUAGUGAAUUUGUUACCCUACAAAAUGGCGGGGUUAGUAGAUUACGGCGUCGAUAGCGAUAGAGAAAGUAAUGAGAGCCCUAACAAUCAGAGUUCUUCUUCCGUGAGCCAAAAACGGAGCGAAACGAAGCCUCUGCCUAACGACGCUUUGAAGAGGACAAAAGAAACCUCUUACGACAAGGAAUCCAGAUCUUCAAAAUCUGGGCACUCCAACGAGGUCCAUAAAAGUAGCAGUUCUAGUUCCAAGCACAGAGACAUUGAUCGACAUCACAAGCAUAGAAAACGAAGCAGAAGCAGGAACAGAAGUAGGGACAGAAGCAGUCACAGCAGGAAGCGGUCUAGAUCCAAAGAGCGUAAGGAACACCAUCGUGAUGAAAGGAAAAAGAGAUGUCGGUCUAAGUCUCGAUCCAGAUCUCGUUCUUCAAGUGUGAACAGAAAAGAUAGAAAAUCUUCUCGUCGAACGCGUAGUCAAGAAAGACGGGAAAAGAAAGCUGCUACGAUUGCACGCAUGGGAUUGGAUGUGACCAAUGUGGCUGCAAGUUUAGCCAUGCCUUCGGCCGAAACUAAACAUCCUUCGCUGACGAACUUGUCACCCAUUAAACAAACUUCUCAAUUUACCUCAUCCGCUGUCGGAUCGUCGUCAGCAGUGUCAUCAGCUGUUCAGGCUGCAGCUCAGCAAGUACUGCAAAGCAGAGUAGCUGAGGCGCAACAAGUUACUGGGGUGGCGUUGCCUUCCUUCUAUAAUCCAGCAGCUGUGAAUCCCAUGAAAUACGCUCAGCAAAUACAGAAGAGGAAAUUGUUGUGGGCAAACAAGGAGAAAAAUGAGCCGCCCGCCACAUCUACUGCCAAACUUUGGGAAGCAACGGCCUUCACGCAAGAUCAAGACGGAAAAAUGACAGCCAAGUUCAAACGCCUCAUGGGCAUCAAGCAUGAUCCAUCUGAAGGAGCAGCUGCUGGUCCGUCACGGGCAGUUGAUGAUCGACAACCCGAAUCUGCAGCUGAUGUAUUGAAGAAGCAGCAAGAGCUUUUCGCAUCACUGGAUCAACAAUAUCAGGUUGCCAGAGCCACAACACAUACUCAGAGGGGUCUUGGUCUCGGUUUUGGUUCGGCGAAUUCUUCGUAUCCCCGCUGAUGGCACUUCACUUUAAGUCUGGAAAUCACACUAGACCAUUUAUCUUCAUGUAACAGUUGGAAAAUGAGACGGGAUGUUGAGUACGUUGUUUUGACCGAAUAUUCAUGACGUGUAUUGUAUGUUUAACAAUUUCCUCUCAUCCAAAGUCAAUUGCAUCAUUCAGAAUUUUGAACCGUCUGCAUCACUUUCAUGCUCUAAUUUACCUGCAACCCAAACCACCCUUUAUUCAAUAGAAACCCUAGACAAUGA